AUGCCUUCUGGAAGCUGCUGGUGUGGUGCAUGUGCCUACACAUACUCUGGAGAGCCAGCAUUAAAGGCACUCUGCCACUGCAUCACCUGCCGCAAAGUCUCUGGCAGCAGCAACACGGUCAACUUCGCGAUCCCCGAUGGGAAUUUCGUUCUGCAAAAGGGCACCCCGACGAAAUUUGCAAAGGAGCAUGAGUCUGGAAUGACGCUCACGAUCUAUUUCUGUCCACAGUGCGGGAGCACAAUCUACAAGGAGGGAAGCGCAGACAUGUUCCAAGGGUUGAAGCUUGUACAAGCGGGAACCCUCCAUGACAACACUCUGCUGAGUUCGGGCAUUGCGGCGGAACUCUAUGUCAGUGAGCGAGCCACCUGGCUGGCCAACGUCAGUGGUGCGGCUGAGAUGGCAACCUUCACCAAUGAUGCAAAGUCGUCCUUGUAA